UAGUUUUAUUCCGUAAACACCGUGCGCCAUUGCAAAACAACCACCAGUGUUCCAGGCUCCACGUGAUAAAUAUUUUGAGGUGUUUUUAAUAUUUUGUUAAAUUAAUAUAAAUAAAAGGUACCGUCAGGUGUAUUUAACGAAGGAUGGUCGAAGUGGAUAAGAAAUCGUCGGCCUCGAAAAGAAAAUUAGGAGGAAGCCAAGAUGCACCAACCAAGAAAUCAAAGUUUUCUACUGACUUAAAAAAGAAACCCAAGUUCACAGGAGCAAAAAAGAAGUUUUCUACGGAAAAGAAAGAACUGCCGAAAGAAACUGCGAAAACCAGAAAGGAAAGAAAGUUAGCUAGAAAAAAGUUAAACCCAAACUAUGAACUGUCUUGCCAAGCGAAAAAAAUUUGGGAAAAACUGAGAAUUCAAAAACAACAACUUUCCAAAGAAGAAAAAUCAGUUUUGGUUGAACAGUUAAUGGAGUUGGUGCAACAGAAUGGAAAAAUGAUGAUAAACCUUGCAUAUGCGCACGACACAAGCAGAGUUCUUCAGACUUGCCUUAAACAAGGAAGCAAAGACCAGAGACACAAAAUAUUCAGUGAGAUUCAGACACACAUAGUCGAUAUGUGCAAAAAUGGAUACGCUAAGAAUAUUGUUUGGAAGUUGCUGAAAUAUGGUACCCCAGAAGAAAGACAAGUUAUAAUGUCAAGUUUUAAAGGAAUUGUUUACAAACUUAUGCGGAAAUCAAAGUCUGCAAGUGUUGUCGAAUACGCGUACAAUAACUAUGCUACUGCUGUGCAGCGUCAAGCUAUUAUACACGAGUUUUAUGGACGUGUGUUUAUCAUGUUAGCAAAUCAGGAGCCUUUAUCUUUGCCCCAAGUAAUUGAAAGCAACAAGGACAAGAAGUCGGCCAUUUUGUCGAGUUUUAAAGAUGCUUUGACCCCAUUAGUUGACAAAACAGUGAUAGUCCAUACGGUGGUUCACAAAGCUUUGUACGAUUUCUUCUACAAUUGUGAUGAGGCUACUGUUCGCUCGGAAUUGAUUGAAGUUUUGCGAGAAUCUCUUGUCCAUAUUCUCCACACUCAUGAUGGGGCUUAUGUGAGCAUGAACUGUUUAUGGUUUGGAACCAAGAAAGACAGAAAGGUUAUUGUAAAAAGUUUAAAAGAAUUUGUUGUGAAAAUUUCGUGUGAAGAAUUUGGCCAUUUACCGUUACUUGCUGCGUUUGACUGUGUGGAUGAUACCGUGUUCUUGAAGAAAGCUCUCGUUCUUCCUAUUAUCAAGAACAUUGGUGACUUAGUGUUGAACAAAUAUGGAAGAAAAGUUUUAAUAUAUCUCAUGUCUCCGCGUAACACCUCCCACUUCCUACCAGAGGUGGUGAAGAUGUUGAGCACUGGAGAUUCAAACUCAACCAGUAAAAAGCCAUUGGAGCAGAGACAUAGUGAAUUAUCAGAAGCUGCUUCACCUGGAAUAUUAAAGUAUUUGGCUGACAAUUUGGAGCAGAUUAUUUACGACCGUUCUACCUUCGUCCUUGUGCAAGUAGCGGUUCUAUGUUGCCAUGGUGACAAUUCUGAGCUCAUACAAGCCAUUGUUAAGGAGGCUGGUAAAGAAUUUGUUGCUGGUGAAAAAAAUGAAACUGGCAAGAUGCACAUCAUUGAAGACCCAUGUGGGCAUUUGGUGAUCAAGAAAUUAAUUGUAACAGAAUCAAAGUCAGCUGCAGAAAAUCCAGAUAAAGAGUCCACGUUUUCAAACGCUUUGGUCAAUGGUGUUGCUGCCACGGUACUACCUACAUGGUCAUCAUGUAACAGAGGCGCACAAAUUCUACUAGCGCUGGUUGAAAAUUCUGACAAAAACGUUGCAUCAAAAACAAGAGAAAUACUGAAGAAAUCUCUCGACAUUUUAUCCAGCCAUUCCGGAGUAAAAACCACAAAAAUUUUGGUUGAAAAAUUAGAGUUAAAAUAAUGGUAAUUCCGUGACGUGAUAUGUUUUGCCUUGUCAUAACUCAUACAGGAAGUAAACGUAGUUAACUCAGCGUUGAGCAGGUGCUGAGGUAACGUAAAUAAAACAGCUGAUAACACUA